GAGGUGAGGGGGGCGGCUCCGCGCCGCGUCCCAGCGUGAGCCGUGGCGGAGCCGGCCGAGAGUUUUACCGGGGCUCCGAGGAAUUCAUGCUUCAUGGGCACCUGUAAUCAGCCCAGCUGCAGGAGGGCUCGUGCAGGCUGUGCUUUCGCUGCCGUGAGGAGGUGUUUUCUACUGCAGUGACUACCUCAAUGUCAACAAGACCCUUCAGUUUUAACUUUGAUGUAGUCAAGGUGGGAUCUCUGCUGCUCCUCCCUAGCGUGGUGCCAUGGCUGACACGAUUUUUGGCAGUGGGACAGGCCAAUGGGUGUGCCCCAACGACCGGCAGCUGGCACUGCGCGCCAAGCUCCAGACGGGCUGGUCGGUGCACACGUUCCAGACUGAGAAGCAGAGGAAGAUGCAGGCUCUGAGCCCACAGGAACUUGAGGUCAUUCUGGAAGUCAUCCGCAAGGCGGAGAAAUUGGACAUCAUCGAGCAGCAGCGCAUCGGGCGCCUGGUGGAGCGGCUGGAGAACAUGAGAAAGAACACGAUGGGGAACGGCCUCUCACAGUGUCUGCUCUGCGGUGAACUGCUCGGGCUGCUGGGUAGCACAUCGGUCUUUUGUCAAGAUUGCAAAAAGAAAGUUUGCACCAAGUGUGGAAUAGAAACCUUUGGAGCCCAGAAACGUCCUCUUUGGUUGUGCAAGAUCUGCAGUGAACAGAGAGAGGUUUGGAAGAGGUCUGGUGCAUGGUUCUACAAAGGACUGCCCAAGUACAUCACACCUUUGAAGAGCAGUAGCAAAUCCAGUGAGCUGCACUCGCAGCCUUGGCUAAGUGAGCCAGCCGUGCAGGAGGCAGAGAGCGUCGGGACCAGCCGAUCCUUCACCUGGGCCAGGGGAAAAGUGGUUUCUAGUGACAGUGAGAGCGACUCGGAGUUCAGUUCCUCCAGCCUGGAUGACAAACCUUUACCUGCGGGGUCGAAAGGCUCACAAGGCAGAAAACACCGAGCAGGACUGGCACCCGUCGGGGAACCCAGCCAGGCUGUGGUGCUGGGAAGAGCCCACUCCCCUGCCCUCUCAGGGAGCCACAGCAGCCUGGGCAGUGAGCAGGGGGCUGCCCUCAGCGCCACGGAGAGCUGCCAGAGCGACCAGCCAGCGGACGGGCGCGACAGUGAUGUUGGCAGCAGAGUCCCUGGCAAACGGCGCAUCCACACCAGAACGCGAUGCUGAUGGAGGUGAAGAUGGAGCUCCUUUGCCUGGAUCCGACUCUUGCCCCUUGCCCACUCCUCUAGACCUCACUCCAGACGACAGUUGCUGCCACUGGUGACUUUAUGAUGCCAGCUCUUGCAUUAGCAACACAAUGGCACCUGGGAAAGCACCUGCCUGUCCUCCCUGCCUCACUGACCUGGUUUAUGGUUUGGUCUGGUUUCCCCUUCUGCUGACUGACACACACUUUGGGGUGCUGCUCGGAGAGGGGUGCCGUGCUGUGUGGUGCUGCCAUGGUGUCCAGACACAUGUUUGUUGAACGGGGCACACAAAAUGCUCACUGGAGCUGAAGAAAUGUGUGCCACCUGCCGUUCCUGGCCUGCCAAGCCCUGCCUUGGGUUCAGUUCCUUGCUUUGCAGUCUUUAGGAAAAAGGGAAGUUCACCCCUAUGUCCCUGAAAUGGGGUGUGAGGAGACUGCAGCCCAGGGGUGGAUUUCCCUCUCUGAACCCCAAGGGUGAGACUGGGGCUUCCAUUUGCUCUUGACUCCUGUGGGCCCAGGGUGUCACCCCUUGUAUUUCUUGUCAUCGUUGUUGUGGUUUGAGUUGGUAUAAGUUUGGUGGGGGCAUCCUGGUGAAGUUGUGCUCCUGUUCACUUCCACUGAGAUCUCCCUGUGAUAGAGCUGUCUGCUCUGGGAAACUCUUUAGUUAAUUAAGAAACACUCAAAGAUUUGCUCUGAAUUUUUCAGUCCUCCUGGCCAUGCACUGGCCUGUGUGUCCUGUGGUGAGGGUGUUACUUUGGCAGUGGGGCCACGGGUAGUGUGUGUGUGCUGCAGCUCCUGGUGGGAGAACACCCACCACCCCAUGGCCCAGAUGGCUGCCUUUGCAUACCCAAAUUGGAUAAAAACUUUCAUACUACUUUUUCUUGUUAAGCUCUGUCGAUUCUCCUUCUACAUGCAUGCCUUGUCAGCUCUUGCAUGAGCAGGGGCCUUUCUUUUGUGUUUUAUGUUUUUCCUCCAAGUCUUGAGCAUCUGGCUGAUAGGGAUGGUGUCAUCAUGAGUCAGGCUGUAGAAAGCUGAGUGCCCUGCUCCUGCUUAUUCUCUGGGAUGGCAAUUUCCCUCCAAGGCCUGACAGAUGAGAAAAAUCAAAUUACCUGACAUCUCCAGAGCAAUUAAGUCUUUGAAGGCCUGAACAAAACCCACAGUAGGCAAGUAGGAGUCCGUGGAUUUUUAUUAAAUGCUUUGGAUCUGACCCUUCUUUUGCUGAAGGAACAAAGUAUUCCAAAAGCUCCUUCUGAAAUAAUGGAUUUAAAGGCAAUUUGUGCCUGUUAAUAUUAGCCUUUUCCCUUGGUUAUUACUCUUUCGUUCUGUUCUCCUUUGCUGCUGGGCGCUUUGUGCGCAUGUAGUAUAUGUUUUUACAAAUGGCUGCAGUAUGAAGAUAAAUGAGAUUGGGUGCUGGAACACUCUAACAGGAGAUCGGAAAUCAAUCCUUGACUUUCUUUCUAAAUGAACAUGGUCCAACAGAGGCCUGUUCCCUUACUGCUGUUCCAGCUAAUGUGCUGUGGCAAGUUUCUGGGAAAGUCCUUCCAGCUCCUCCUCCGUGAUCUGUUUCUGCCCUUUUAAAAAUGACAACAAAACCUUUGGAUGAUGUGGGCUCUUUGAGAUGGCAUAAAGAGAAACCACUGAACGUGGGCUUCAGAACAUCGGCCUUGAAGAGAGCAAGGGAUGAGGUUGUUCUCUGCUGAGGGAUGCUUUACGUCAUGAUCUGUGCUGUUUGAGCCUGGCCAUUGAGACUUGACCACCUGCAUCUCUCAAAGCAAUAAUGCCAAAAUUAUUAGCUUUUUCUGAAAAAGUAAAUCCGAAAGUCAGCUUUUGCCAAAACGCUAGUAUGACUUCAGAGCUGAAGUCAUGCUGUUUCUUCUGAGGGACUGUAGGGUCUUCAAUUUCAGAAGUGUUCUGCCACCAAAAAAAGUCCUGUUUUGCCUUGGAGCUUUUGACAGUCCUUCUGAGGCUGUCUUGCUCGUGCUCUCAUUACCAGAGUGCCUCAGACCGCUUGGUCUGCCAGCCUAAGUUAAUUCUACAGAAGAAGGAGAAGGAAAAAGACACUUAAAAAUUGACUCAAUUUUCUUUAAACCCAUUACUUUCUCAUCAAAAACUCUACACUGAGCUGGAAAAAGUUUUUAAAAUCAGGCACAACAUUUCUAACUCUUCUUGUGUUUCUUGUGCUUCAUUCCUGGGCGAUGGAGGCAGGUCAGUCAUGUUUUCACCCCAACCCUCUCUUCUUAGGGCCAUUUACCACACUGUGUGUUGCCAGCUCUGCACAGGAACCUGGUAGUCCUUGCUGGCUUACUGUGCUGCUUUGAGGCAUGGGUUUGAUUUUUAACUGAAGCUAGGUUUUAUAAAACGCUCUCAGAGUUUUGGGACUGUUCUUCUACCAGUGAGACUGGAAACUUUUCUGUCUUACCUCUGUAUUUACCUCCAUGGAGUAAUUCCACCUGAGUUUGCGCCAGAACCAUUGUCAUCUAUGGAAAGACCCCGCUUGAGUUGAGGGAAGGAUCGAGCCCAGGAGAAUGUGAUCUCCCACAUAUGAAUGUGAUACAGGAACAUCUGCAGCUCUGUGCUCAUAUUUUCUGUUAAAGACCGCUUUUCUCUUUGUUACAUCUCUCUUGGUUGUGUUUUGUAGCUUUGGUUGGAAUAUUAGCUGAAACCUGUAGCAAGUUGACUGCCUUUUUCGUUGGCUUAAGGUGGGCAGGAAGGGCUCAGUGAAUAGUGCUCAGUCUGCUCUGGUUGUUUGUGUUUCUUUUAUUAUUUUGUUAUUCUCGUCUCCAUCCCUUACAACUUUUAUGUAGUGUUUUACUACUGGAAACAAUAAAGCUUUGGCUCGAUAACAAA